GAGACAGUGGCAAAGCGAGUUACGGUCUAGAGUGAAAUCCGCAGGCUGCACCAUGCUCUCCAGGUCCAUCCCGUGCGUGUGGAUUACAGUUUGCCUUCAUCUCUGCUACUACGUGGACAGCGGGGACGCACAAAACGCGAAAGAAGUGAUUCUGCUGGACUCCAAGGCACAGCAGACAGAACUGGAGUGGAUCUCCUAUCCUCCCAACGGGUGGGAAGAAAUCAGCGGCUUGGAUGAGAACUACACACCUAUCCGCACGUACCAGGUUUGCCAGGUCAUGGAGCCCAAUCAGAAUAACUGGCUUCGGACUAACUGGGUAGAGAAGGGCGAUGCUCAGAGAAUUUUUGUGGAACUGAAGUUCACCCUGAGGGAUUGUAACAGUUUGCCUGGUGUGGUCGGCACGUGCAAGGAGACGUUCAACUUGUAUUACCAGGAAACGGAUUCAGAGGUGGGCAGGAACUUACGGGAGAACCAGUACGUGAAAAUCGAUACGAUCGCUGCAGAUGAAAGCUUCACUCAGGGGGACCUGGGCGAGAGGAAGAUGAAGCUGAACACAGAAGUGCGCAUAAUUGGCCCCCUGUCCAGGCGGGGCUUCUACCUGGCCUUCCAGGAUGUAGGGGCGUGCAUCGCCCUGGUCUCUGUCAAAGUUUACUACAAGAAGUGUUGGUCUAUCAUUGAGAACCUGGCUACAUUCCCCGACACCGUGACGGGAUCAGAGUUCUCCUCGCUGGUGGAGGUCCAGGGCAUGUGCGUGAGCGACGCAGAGGAGGAGGCCGACAACUCUCCCAAGAUGCACUGCAGCGCCGAAGGGGAAUGGCUGGUGCCCAUUGGGAAAUGUAUAUGCAAGGCUGGAUUUCAUCAGAAGGGAGAUGCGUGUGAACCAUGCGGUCGUGGUUUCUACAAGUCUUCCUCCCAGGACCUUCAGUGCUCUCGCUGUCCGGCGCACAGCUUCAACGACCGCGAGGGCUCCUGGCGCUGCGACUGCGAGGACGGUUACUACCGAGCACUCUCUGACCCUCCGUCUGUGGCCUGCACAAGACCUCCCUCGGCGCCACAGAACCUGGUCUACAACAUCAACCAGACCACUGUUAGCCUGGAGUGGAGCCCGCCGGCCGACACAGGCGGCCGCAAUGAUGUCACCUACAGGGUAAUAUGCCGGCGCUGCAGCUGGGAACCUGAGGAGUGUGUUCCGUGCGGGCAGAAUGUGGGAUAUUCUGCUGCACAGUCAGGAUUAGUGGACACCUACGUGACCAUCAUGGACCUGCUUGCCCAUGCCAACUACACGUUUGAGGUGGAGGCUGUCAACGGGGUCUCGGACUUGAGCCGCACACAGAGGCUGUUUGCAGCGGUGAGCAUCGCGACUGGUCAAGCAGCUCCAUCCCAGGUCAGCGAGGUCAUCAAGGAGAAGGUGCAACAGCGCAGCAUCCAGCUCUCCUGGCAGGAGCCGCAGCAGCCCAACGGCGUCAUCACGGAAUAUGAAAUCAAAUACUAUGAAAAAGAUCAGAAGGAUAAGAUUUACUCCACGGUGAGGUCCAAGUCCACAUCGGCCAUAGUGAACAACCUGAAGCCCAGCACGGCCUAUGUUUUCCAGAUCCGGGCCUUCACUCAUGCGGGCUAUGGGACCUUCGGCCCCAGACUGGAGAUAACCACCAAGGAGGAGGCCACAGCUGCGAUUGUCUCCAGCGAGCAGAACCCCGUCAUCAUCAUAGCAGUCGUCGCCGUGGCGGGAACCAUCAUCCUGGUGUUCAUGGUGUUCGGCUUCAUCAUCGGGAGAAGGCACUGCGGGUACAGCAAAGCGGAUCAGGAGGGAGAUGAGGAGCUCUACUUCCAGUUCAAAUUUCCAGGCACCAAAACCUACAUCGACCCUGAGACGUACGAGGACCCAACCAGGGCUGUCCAUCAAUUUGCCAAGGAGCUGGACGCCUCCUGCAUUAAAAUCGAGCGGGUUAUUGGAGCAGGAGAGUUUGGGGAGGUGUGCAGCGGGCGGCUCAAGCUGCCAGGAAAGCGGGACAUGUCGGUGGCAAUCAAGACGUUGAAAGUGGGCUACACGGAGAAGCAGAGGCGGGAGUUCCUUUGCGAGGCCAGCAUCAUGGGACAGUUUGACCAUCCCAAUGUUGUUCAUUUGGAAGGUGUUGUGACAAGAGGAAAACCAGUCAUGAUUGUCAUUGAGUACAUGGAGAACGGCUCAUUAGAUGCUUUCCUCAGGAAACACGAUGGUCAGUUCACAGUCAUCCAGUUGGUGGGGAUGCUGCGGGGCAUUGCGGCGGGAAUGAGAUAUCUUGCCGAUAUGGGAUACGUCCAUCGAGACCUGGCUGCGCGAAACGUCCUCGUCAACAGCAAUCUCGUGUGUAAAGUGUCGGACUUCGGCCUCUCCAGGGUGAUCGACGAUGAUCCGGAGGCUGUCUAUACAACAUCUGGCGGCAAAAUACCUGUGAGGUGGACCGCCCCCGAAGCCAUCCAGUAUCGCAAAUUCACCUCCGCAAGUGAUGUGUGGAGUUAUGGUAUAGUCAUGUGGGAGGUGAUGUCCUAUGGGGAACGGCCUUACUGGGACAUGUCGAAUCAAGAUGUCAUUAAAGCGAUAGAGGAGGGCUAUCGUCUUCCAGCCCCAAUGGACUGUCCGGCAGGGCUGCAUCAGCUAAUGCUGGACUGCUGGCAGAAAGACCGAGCCGAACGGCCCAAAUUUGAUCAGAUAGUUGGCAUCCUCGAUAAGAUGAUCCGCAACCCCAACACCUUGAAAACCCCAGUGGGAACGUGUACAAGACCAAUUAGUCCACUGUUAGAUCAGAGCACACCAGACUUCACUGCUUUCCGCUCGGUGGGAGAGUGGCUGGAAGCCAUCAAGAUGGAACGAUACCGAGACAACUUCACAGCGGCUGGCUACAGUUCCCUGGAAUCUGUGGCCAGGAUGUCAAUCGAGGACGUGAUGAGCUUGGGGAUCACGCUGGUGGGCCAUCAGAAAAAGAUCAUGAGCAGCAUACAGACAAUGAGGGCCCAGAUGCUCCAUCUCCACGGCACCGGUGUCCAGGUGUGACUUGGACCGGGCCACCUCGGGCAGGGGUGAUCACGUAAAACAGAGCGUACCUGGAGCAGCGCCUGGGACGUUUUACCAGGAUCUUCAAAGUAAACAGGCAUCUGUUAUGUCUGACUCUUCCGGCUGUGUCCGGAGUGAAAUCAUUCCUUUGUUCCUCAGUGAAGGAUUGUGGUCCGCAUCUUCUGAGGGCACUAAAGAGAGGAAAAGGGCAACAAAAAAACAAACAGUAACAAAAAAAGAAACUACCUGGACAAUACUUUUCUUUGUUCUUUUCUUGUUUGUUUAUGAGGCGCUUAGAGACUCAACCACAUAUCAAAUGGCACAUCGGAAAGGAGUUGGACGCUGAUGUUCCUUGAACUUAAUGAGUGAUUUGAGUGCGCACCGCGGCCAUGGAUUUCCUUUCACGAGAACAAAAACAAACAUCUUGCAAUGGUUUCACUUUCUUUGUUUUUCUAUCUGUUCAUUUUCUUUGUAUCUGCCACAGUGACAUGUUGUGGCGCAUGCAGCAAUGCUUUCUGCUCUUCUAUCUAGACUUGACAACAGGGUAAACUCCUCUUUUAUCCAACACGGAGGGAAAUCUCUCGGCACAGAUCCCAACGUCCCUGUCUGUGCCGAGACACGCCGGGCUGUUUGAACUAUUUGCAGUGGUUGGUGUUUUCAUGCUAUCCUCACAUGCUUGUGUGCGGCUGACUGGAGUUUUUGACGUGGUGUCAACCUUUCACAUUUUUGUAUUUAGUAAUUUUGCCAAGAGUGCAACACUCGAGGAGACGGAAGAUGUGAACUCUUCUUUGAAUCACAAGACUCUUUUUCUUUAUCCGAGUAGCAAUAUCCUUUGUCUUAGUGUUCACAACAGGAAACACACAAACCAUUACUUGGUUGUUGAGUAGAAUGUUUUAGCACUGUUAAAAGAUUGUAUUGAAAUUGAAGCCAACGCAUAUUGUUUUGCCAUGAUUUUGCCUAAAAUGUUGCACACAGGAAUUUGUAAGGGUGGAUCCAAGAAAGGUGUAGACGUAAUACUGCCUUAAAAUACGUUACAUUCAUUUUGACACUAUUUUUGGCACUUCAAUGGCAACGCUUUUUGCGAUUCAUUUUUUUUUUCUUUCUAUCUGGAACUUGAACAGACACGGUUUAACGCCACAAGCGGCACAGUCAGCGAAGAGGAGAUGAUCUUAACAGAGCAAUAAUUACCAGGUAGAAAUGGUCCUCACCUGAGAUUCUGAUUUUUUUUUAAGGUGCUAGGUAUAAACACAUGCGAGUGCUGUGCUGAGAAAAACCCUUUGGAAAGAUUCAGUCACCGCUGUAAAUGAAAGGGAUGUACCUCUUUAACCUAAGAACGGUUUUGGGAUGCGGUCAGACACAUACAAAAAAAGAAGAAACUGCUGUGCCAAGUCAUCAAAUGAAAUAAUCAUGUCGUACUUUGCCACUAUGAUAAGCCGAAGGUUUGAUGAGAACCGAACAUGGCAGGGAAAUGUUUAACUGAGUGGCUGCAGAGAUGAAAGAGGCAACUUUCGAAACACAAGAAAGGUGCCAAUUAGCCUCGCUUAUAUUAUCUUACACCAACGCGCCGCCCAGAAAUCAAAGUGCCCCUUCAGGGUUUGGGUGUUAAAGUGCGGGAGCGUGUGUCAAGCACUGAUCGUGUCGCUUAAUUCCACUGCCCAAUGCAGCCACCUUUGUUUAUUCAUGCAUCUCCACCGCUCAUCCCUCACAGGCAUAGAUGGAACAUGCAUAAAAGUGUCUCUUGGGAUUGCUCCUCUUUUCUCCCAUACGCACACGGUGUGUACUGAAAAUAGAGACGAGGGGGUUUUGCAGAAGACGUCGUCCUAAAAGCCAAUCAACCCAUUUGGUGCCAUCUGUCUCCACUUCACAUGCAAAAAAAGGCGUGUUUCCAUGUUGAGUGUGUUUUUUGUGCAGUUUCAAUAAGAAAAAAACACUUCACAGUAAAACAGAAAAAAAACAUUUGCAAUUUCUUGUAUUGCUCCUGCAGCCCGAGAUAUAAAUCUAGAUAUUCACAGAUGAUGUAAUUUUAUUAAAGUUCUUUUUUGAAUUUACAUUUAAAUUCCACGAAAUUCUAGUUCAAUUUGAACACCUUUGGAAGUGGGUACAGCUGAACUAAUACGAAAAAAUUUGCAAAUAUUGUCGUGACAAUAAAUGUGUUAGUUUAAUGUGUACUGCACAAAUAGGUAAUCAAAGCACAUGAACAUUUCUUGAUCUCUCAGCUUUUUGACCUUUAAAAUUUAAAAUUUUUGUGAACCUCAUCUAAAUUCUCAUCUAAAAUAUGGCUGAAUUGCAGAAGCAGUUUAGGUGCCAGCAGUGAACCACCACAGUAAUUCACAGUGUUGUACAGGCUAUUAACACUCUUUGACUUCAGUGCAGUAUUGCCCUGACUACAUGUAGAACUCUGUUAAUGUUUAUUGUCCAUGUGUGUAAACUUUGCUGUCCAGUGAUGUGGCCUCUUGUCCUGUGACGAUCACAGGUUGGAAUUUAAUUAAGAACCAUAUUCAAAAUGAAACCAGUUAUUAGAAUCCACCAAAAAACAUUCAACUGUUCUAUUGAACAGGUGUUUUUGCAUGACUGGUCCACUACAAAGGACCUGGACACGCUCGAACGCACAUUUGGAAGCUUCAAACUGUAUCGGCCUGUCAUGGACGCACCUUCAGAUCCAUUGUCCCCGUGGGACUCGCGCUGAGCUGCUCCGAACCCCGUGUCACACACACAAACACACACAUCCUCACUUUAUCCAUACAGCAAAGCUCAGCAAUUGGGUCUUAGCCAGAUCUUUGAAUUGAAUACCAGCAUAAAGUCAUUCAGUCAGCACAAAACUCCCCAGUUCACAGGCAGCACUCUGUCUCACCACCCCCCAUCCCGGCUCUGAUUUUCAAACCGGGCCCCUUGAGGCUUCUCACACCCUAAGGUAUAAUGCCUCUGAUCCCCUCUUUCCUCCCCCUGUGCUGGGAGAAACAGAAGUUUUGGCCAAAUUGAGAUUAAAUUGAUUCAUCGUCCAGGUCACCUGUAACCUUCACCAGCGAAGUCACUUUACUGUCUGUUUUAGCCUGUUUCAUCCCCCAUUCUCUUGAGCUUACUCAGCUUUGGACAAAAACAGGUUUUGCUGUGGCUGUAUUUUAGCAAAACGCACACACACACAUAAUCACAUAAAAAGAUAAAACACAGGAACCUGCAGGAUGUAGGCCAUUGGUCGGAAUCAGGAAUCGCUGAUAGAGUAUGAAGUUAUUUUUCAAAUCUCGUGGUACAGCAGUUGGACUGAGUUUCACCACCUUGGCGAGGUGGUGGAUAGUUCCAAAGAGUGCAGCACUGUUGAUUGUGUCAGACAGAGUCGAGAUGUGAGGGAAUCUUUGUAUAUGUUCUAAUUGUAAAACUUGUACAUUUUAUUUAUAUUGUUUUUUACACAUAUUACUCAGUAGAGAGCUCUGAAUACAUUGAAAAUGCACUAUAUUUUUAUAUCUUGCUGAUGAAUUAUUGUCACCCACAAGAUUUCAGUUGUACAUAAUUUCUCAUUUAGGACCAAAGACAGUUGAUAGGAUCUCCAUCUUUACUUUGACUUUGUCUAUAUUUUUGCCUUUUAGUUUGUUGUACAGUAAUACAAAUUGUCAAUGUAUUAUUUAUUUUUCUGUGAUGAAAGUAUUGAGAAUAUUCACUGGUCAAAAGUAUUUUCCCCGACGGAAGAAGAUCAUUUAAUUAGACAAUUUCUUGUUACAUAGACAAUUCUUUUUGCUUUGUAACCUUUGUAAUAGACUGUACAUAUAUUUUUGGAAAUAUAAUACAAUCUCUAUAGAAGUUGUGUGUGUCCUUUGCUGUGCUUCUUACAAUCUGGCUGGUGCUAAUCUCAUUACCUAUUCUUAGGCAUGGAUACAUCAUCAUGGAUUCAAUCAAAAGAAAGCCUGGAGUGCUUUUAAUUUAAAGGGGUGAAGGAAGUGAUGCAAAUAUGUAAGUUUAAGUCCGGUGUGGCCCGGACGUGAUGCAAGAUGGUUUUCCAGAAGAGGUCUAAUGUGAGAGGAGCCUGACUAAUCAGUGAAGGCCAUAUUGUGCCCAAAAAUACCCAAUCAGGAAGCAGCUACGAGUGUCAAAAGCAUAACAUCUCCAUUUCUGCCCAACAAUAUUGCUUUUUUUUCAAAUGAAAACUUAGUACCGUGGAUGUAGCCUUACAUUCAUGAUCUUGUGAUGAGAAGUCCAU